CAAUCAUAAGAUCCUCCGGCACCAUGCACCGGGAAAAUCCUUUGUCGCAGUCAACAGUACCAUUUACCUUCACAAUCUUUGGUCUAUUGUUAUUUAUCUUUGUUCUUUCAACCAUAUCAAGAAAGCGCAAUGGUGCAACUAAAAAAGCACCUGCGCCACCAGAAGCUAGCGGUGCAUGGCCUCUGAUUGGCCACCUCCACCUCUUAGGUGGCUCAAAACCACCUCACGUGACGUUGGGCGACAUGGCCGACAAAUAUGGCCCCGUCUUCACCUUGCGUCUUGGCACUCACAGAACCUUGAUUGUCAGCAAUUGGGAAAUGGCCAAACAGUGCUUUACUGUCAGUGACAGAGCCUUCGCCAGCCGUCCAAAAUCUCUAGCCUUUGAAGUUAUGGGCUUCAACUUUUCCAUGUUUGGGUUCAGUCCCUACGGUUCUUAUUGGCGUCAUCUACGCAAAAUUGCCACGCUGGAGCUCUUCUCCGCUCAGCGGAUAGAGAUGCUCAAACACAUGAUGGAGUCAGAGGUGAAGGCAUCAGUGAAAGAUAUUUGGCUGAAGAAGAAAAACAGCGCCUCCGAGAAGGUAGAGAUUGAAAUGAAGAAGUUGUUUGGAGACAUAACGUUAAACGUUAUUUUACGGGCGGUUGUUGGAAAACGCUUAGUUAGUGAAGAUGGUGAUGAUGAUGAAGAGAGCCAACGGGUCCGCAAGGCGAUGGGGGACUUUCUUGAUCUCAGCGGGUCAUUGGCUGUCUCUGAUGUUAUUCCGUGUUUGAGAUGGUUGGAUUUGGAUGGACAAGAGAAGGAGAUGAAGAGAACAGCGGAAGAGUUAGAUGAGAUCGCUCAAGCUUGGCUCGAAGAACACAGACGCAACAGGAAUAGCGGUUCUGUUACGCUUACGCACGAUUUCAUGGACGUGCUUCUUGAACUUGCUGAUCAGGGUGAAGAGUUUGACGGUCAUGAUGUUGAUACCACAAUCAAAGCUACAUGCCUGGUCUUAAUUAUAGCUGGAUCUGAUAAUACAAUAACGACAUUGACUUGGGCUCUAUCAUUACUUCUCAAUAAUCGUGAAGUCUUAAAUAAGGUUAUUCAUGAAUUAGAGACAAAAAUUGGGAAGGAAAAAAUGGUAGAAGUAUCAGACUUGAAGAAACUAGAGUAUCUCCAAUGUAUCAUUAAGGAAACAUUACGUUUGUACCCACCUGCACCACUUAAUGUGCCACAUGAGUCUAUGGAAGACUGCAUUGUGGGAGGAUAUCAUGUACCAGCUGGGACGCGUCUAUUGACUAACAUUUCAAAACUUCAACGAGAUUCCUCAUUAUAUUCUAAUCCCUUAGAAUUUUGUCCAGAGAGAUUUUUAACAACCCACAAGGAUGUGGAUGUCAAGGGCCAACAUUUUGAAUUGAUUCCAUUUGGUGCGGGCAGAAGAAUGUGUCCUGGAGUCUCUUUUACUCUUCCAGUAAUACAACUAGCACUUGCUACUAUAUUGCACGAGUUUCACAUUGUAACUCCUAAUGAAAGACCUGUCGAAUUGCUUGAACAAAAUGGACUACGAACCAUCAAGGCCUCUCCACUUCAUGUCAUUCUUACACCACGAUUAUCUGCUCAUAUUUAUGAUGAAAUUUAAAUGGUGAAAGAUGAUAAAAAGUAUUUUGAAUAUGUACCACGUAUGAUUAAUAGAGUUUACUCUGCUUUGUGAGGUUAAUGUAAGUCUUUUAAUUCAAUUGGAAUCCUACUUAUGAUGUACUAGUUUAUUUCUCUGUAUUUCUGUUUCAAGAUGUAAUUGUCAAUGUAUCAUUUUCUUUUGAAUUAA